GGCGUGCGGUUGUGUAUACGCCGCCCGACCAUUUGCCGCGAAUUUUGAAACCUACUUUCGUGCGGACGAAAAAUUUACUUUGCAUGGCAAAAUGGUAGCCAUGGCUGUGAGUGUUAUGUUCACGUGCUUUGCCUAACGGUCGGCAACGAACUUUUGUUACUGUACUGUUCAAUCGGUCGAUGUUGAUAUGUGAUGGAUUUGUUCUACAAAGUUUAUUUUCGUCGCUAAUACCGGCAUAUGUAUAGUAUUGCGCAUAAUUCCAACCCUUUAGCCAAAUAUUAAGCUCACGCUUUAGUCUCCUCCACUUUAGAAGUUACCUGUCGGUCCAAUUUAGUGACUUAUUAAGGAACCUCCAAUAUCAAAAAUAUAUCAUAGCUAAUAUUCAUAUCCUCGUAAAUAUACCCGAACUUUGUAAAUAUAUUGAAAACUUUUUCUGGUGAGUGGACCAAAGAAAUGUGAAUUGGAUUGAGAAUAUCCUUAGUGUACAAUGAUAGUAGUGAUAGUGUAAAUAUCAAAUAGUUAAGGUUUACUACAAGACUUCAAUAGUUCAACGGCGACAACGAAAAUUGAUUGAUAUCGACUGUAUCACGGAGUCAAGAUAACUUCCAAGCAACAUGUCCGCACCAACAACAGACAGUACUGAAGCCAUAACGAAUUCUGGCUAUGGAAGCAGCGAUGAAACCGCAAGUCUGCUCAUAUCGGGCCCAUCCGUUACCGUCAUAGUUCCCGCCGAACCUAACAGAACUGUCAAGCCUGUGUUGCAAAGACAAGACUGCACAACACACCUCAGGCCGCAACUAUCAGGCGGCCCCGGCAGCGAAGAAAGCGCUGCAUCUAUCAGGAUGGAAGAGGGCGCUGCGAGAAGCGUUCCCGACAUAGAACUACAAUGCCGCGACCAACCCGCCGACCGCCCCCAGACACUAGUUUCCCCCGUCGCCACCUGCUCCCACAGAGGAUCCGUUACCGCCUGCCAGUUAGUUCCACAUACGUACACGAGAUGUCGCGUCUGUGAACGAAGGCAGUCUACAGCACCCAUGUCGGCGUUGCAACUAGCGCGAUCUGUGUCCAGAGAAAGUGUACGAUCUGCUUUACACUAUCCUUGUGGUUGUAGUUCACUACACGCUGUCAGUACCUGUCCUGUCAUCCAACCUCCAGCCUUAUUAUUGCCGACGACAAGUACUAGAAUCAUCCGACAGAGCUCACAACCAGAGUCCAGCGCAUGCGCGGCGCACUGCCCUCACCACGCCCAUCACCACCCUAGCGCCUCACUACGACAAUUGAGGGAACCCGGCGAUGGCAUUGCCGGCAUCGCGGCCGACUCCCUGCGGAUCAACGGAGGAAUGCGACCGUUCAAACAGGGGCUGCUCCUCUGUCCGCAAACCCUGUCGCAGACACGCCGUGCCCGACUGAGACGGGCGUUCACUGAAGCCACGGGGGAUACAGUUACCUACGUUAAGACGCUACGCAAGCCGGUUUCGACGCUGUCGAUCCCCGGCGCUAUGAAGGCGUACUCUGGCGGCGGGAGGGACGCUUCGACCGAGGAGGCUGGCGUCGCGCUCGUUGGCGUGCACAGCGAGUACCCGCGCUUCGGCGAGGAGCGGGCGCUUGGCGGCGGCACCUACAAAGGCGGGGGGGCGGCGAAGCACAAACCCAAUAUAGGAUAUAGAUUAGGUAGAAGAAAGGCGCUAUUUGAAAAAAGAAAACGAAUAAGUGACUACGCUUUAGUAAUGGGGAUGUUUGGUAUUAUUAUAAUGGUUAUAGAAAAUGAACUUUCAAGCGCUGGUGUUUAUACUAAGGCAUCAAUAUAUUCCCAGGCGUUGAAGACGCUUAUAUCAAUGUCGACUGUGAUUUUACUUGGCCUAAUCGUCGCGUAUCACGCUUUAGAAGUACAGUUAUUUAUGAUAGACAACUGCGCCGACGACUGGCGGAUAGCUAUGACGUGGCAGCGCAUAGCCCAGAUAGCGUUGGAGCUGGCCAUCUGUGCGGUCCACCCCAUCCCUGGCCAGUACACCUUCACGUGGACCACCAAGCUUGCCAACAAAGGAGGCGUUAUAGGCGUUGAAGUUGGCACAAUGUAUAAGCAAAUUCAGGUCCCAUACGACGUCACGCUCUCGUUACCGAUGUUCUUUCGGUUAUAUCUCAUAUGCAGGGUCAUGUUACUACACAGCAAGUUGUUCACGGAUGCGUCUUCAAGGAGUAUAGGAGCUUUAAACAGGAUUAAUUUUAACACUAGAUUUGUUUUGAAGACACUAAUGACCAUUUGCCCUGGUACUGUGUUACUAGUUUUUAUGGUGUCAUUAUGGAUCAUUGCGAGUUGGACGCUAAGGCAAUGCGAAAGGUUCCACGAUGAAGACCAUGCCAAUUUGCUAAACUCAAUGUGGCUGACGGCUAUAACCUUCCUCUGUGUUGGCUACGGCGAUAUCGUUCCCAACACUUACUGCGGCCGUGGCAUAACCCUGACCUGCGGUAUGGUGGGAGCUGGAUGCACAGCGUUAUUAGUCGCGGUUGUUUCAAGAAAAUUAGAAUUAACUAGAGCUGAGAAGCACGUACAUAACUUCAUGAUGGACACACAACUUACUAAAAGACUGAAAAACGCAGCAGCAAACGUACUACGAGAGACGUGGCUAAUUUAUAAGCAUACGCGACUCGUGAAGAGAGUCCACCCAGGUCGCGUGAGGACGCACCAGAGAAAAUUCCUACUAGCUAUUUAUGCGUUACGAAAAGUCAAGAUGGAUCAAAGAAAACUCAUGGACAACGCCAACACAAUAACAGACAUGGCAAAGACCCAGAACACCGUCUAUGAGAUCGUCUCUGAUAUGAGCACGAGGCAAGACAGCAUAGAAGAGAGGCUGACUAGUUUAGAAGAAAAACUUACAUCAUUACAGGAACAAGUAAACAACCUGCCAGAUGUAAUGGCGCGGUGCCUGCAGCAGUGCUGGGAGCGAGCAGAACAGCGGAAGAACUUCUUGCACCCCGACAUGGCUGCGGCACCGACGCCACCCGCCUCUACCAUAGCGCCUUAUGCCAGAACACUAGCGUCCACGACGCACCCGUGGCCGCAGAGCCCCGUCCUCCAGCCUCCCGGGAGAACGCAUUCGGCCCCCGAGAGCACCGCGGCCCCCUCGCCGACCCCCCAGCCCACCAGCCCCGCGCCCUCGCGGCCCCCCCUACCCAGCUGAGUACCGCCUUCCAACUCCGAACUCCUGUGCUGAACUCGACGAAACUCGGCGCCCCUCCUCUGACCUCCCCACAACCCGAGCCCGCCGGGAAUCAAGUAUGACUGCGAUGUAAAAUACUGAACACGAAUUUAUUAUAGAUGGUGGUGGCGUCAAAACUACGGUCUUAUUCUUUUGGAUUAUGUUGUCGGUUUCGCUUUACCAUGCCUGUCAGUCUGAGGAAUCUUGAAUUAGAUUUUUGAAGCAUAAAAUUGUAAAUUUAAUCAACACAUUUUGAUCGAACGAGACCAAUUAAUUGAUCAUUUAAUUAAGAAAUAAAGAAGAAGAUUAAUAAAAAGAAAUUUUUGAUGAUACUAAAAGCUGAGUACUGAACUUGAUUGAAGACGGAAAGUUAAUUUUCUUAAUUUCUUGUUAUCCAUCCUGCACUGUAUAAAAGGAAACCUGUACGACAUCGCUUAGCAAUUUUCCCAGUUUUGACAUCACUACUAAAAGUUGCCAAUAUUUUUCAUACGGAGAUGAUUGAUUAAAUGAUUAAAUGAAUUAUAUAGAAGUGAGUUUUCCCGGCGAGGCGACCCGCCGCGGAGCGAGAACGGUCGGCCGUAGUAUUCUUCGCGUUCCCCAAGUUUCGGAUGUGAGAGACUGUUCUUAGUGAUACUUAGAUAGUGAACGAAAGGCGGAAAGGACUCCAAGUUGUGAUUAUACAUGAUGCUUUAUCAAUAGACGCUUUAGCUAAUACGUUAUAGAAUAUUUUGAAUACAUUAUCAGCAUUAGCAUAGUAAUUAUUAUUACACUCUGUUCACGUUUUAUCUGAUGUUCAAGGAACCAAAUUACACUGUUUUAUAUAAAAACUUCGUGUGUUUUUACUAAAGUUUAUUGUGAAUACAUCACUGUGUCACAUUAUGAAUCUAUUGAAGCACUCGAUCCAAAUUUAACUAUGAUAAGGCUUUUUUAGAUUUUUUAUGUGACAGGUAUAGAAAAAUAGGUCAAGGCAUAAAGAUUUAUGAAGUGUAAACUUUAUUAGUUUGUCAAAGUAUAGGAGGUUUGUAUUUGAACAGUAAUUUGUUGGAAAGGUUUGACUGCAUUCGCAUUUAAUGUAAACAUAGAAUUUAAAUAGUAUUUUUCGUUUUGGUUUGAUGUAUUUACCCACAAUUAGAGUAACACGAUUUGGUGUAAGACAAUGUAAUAUCACGUCAGAUUUAGCACUGAAGUCUGAGUUAAGGUUUAAUUUAAUCUCAUUAAUCACCGAUAUAUUGUGAACGUCAAACCUUACAGUUAUUUGGAAUGAAAAUAAUAAUAAUGUUUGACUUCGUGAUGUAUGUUAUAUGAUCCUGUAUACACAAUUUACUUAGAUUUAGGUAAAAUAAUUAAAUUGUUACUACCUGCCUAUUGACAUGUAGAUUAUAAACAUUUUUUAAGAAUAAUUUAAGUAAAGCUUUGUAUAAGAUAUAAGAUUGAUGGCUGUUUAAAUAGUGCCUAAAACACUACGAAAAUUUCGAUAAUUCAGUUUUAUUAUCCUAAUAACUUAUGAAAUGUAAAUAGGUAAACUAAAUUUGAGAGCAUAAUAUUUAGUAAUAUCUGAAUUUUGUAGUCGUAUGUGAACGUAUAAUGGGAUCAAUUUCUUUGUACGUUUAAUUUUUAGACCUUUUCAAUUUCAUAGUAAAAGUUAAUAUAAUGAACAAUUAGUUAAUCUAUAUUUAAUGUACAUUGUUCGCAUUUGUACAUUAAUUUUGCCAUAUUUCCUACCCUCAAAAAAAAAUAAGAAACACAAAAAAACUCCCAACUUUGUUUUAUUUAUGUAUGUUUACUAAAACUAAAUUAAUACACAAAUGCUUUCAUAUUUAGUGUUAGUACUAAUAUCUAUAUUUUGCCUAUUACUGUAAGCUUAUUAAGAUCAGAAAUGGUGCUCAUCUGAUUUGAUCGUUAGAAUGCGUAGUGUUUUCGUUUAUAGGUUAUAAAAUUUUAGAUAGACAAAUUAUUUAUUUGUUACACGAGUUGAUUUAGAUAGUUUAGUUUAAACAAAUUAGAUCCCCAGUUUAUAUUUGUUUACGAAACACCAAAGAUUAAGGCAUUUUGCAAAAAUGCAGUGCGUUAUCAUUAGGUACAUAAUUAUAGAGUUUAAUUUCUCUCCCUAGUAAAGUUAUACCUACGUAGUUAGGAUAUGAAAUAAUCCUAUUAGGUAUUUUAGUCGUUCGUAUAAAAAACACCAACUAGACAUAUUUAGCAAUACGUUCGAUUUAGUAUAUUUAGGUAAUAAUAUCUCUUGCAUUACAUUUAUAUUAAUACCUACCCCAUCUUAUUAAACAUUUUCCUAAAUAUUUAAUAACAGUGUUUUAAAAUACUUCUUAUCCCUAGUAUUUAUAACUACCUCGACAUUUUACACGUUAUAGGUACAUUUUAUCAACUUAAUAGUAUGUACUGCCACUUCUAUGAUUGGUUGAACUGUAAUUUGAUAUUCAGUUUACAACGAAUAUUGAGUUUACAUUAAAGUUUACAAGUGAAACUUUUUAGUAUAAUUUAUACAUUAAAUACACAAAAGAGAUUAGCACAUGAGUUCCGUAAUGUUGUAGUUAUUUCCAACGCACAAUGAGUCACCAAUAGAUUAUACAUUAUAGUGGCGUAUUACUGAUAUUUUAUAGUCUUGACCUAGUAGCCUAAUAAAUUGUCCCCAGUAUGAAAACUUUCAAUUUAUCUAGUCAUUAAGUAUAACAUUGCUUUAUAGUUUGUUAUCUGCGUAUUCCCAGAAGUGCGAUAUUUUCAAAGUUUUAUACUUUACUAAAUUUUUCUCCAUCUUCAAGUUUACGCUACGCAAAUACUUCUGCGAAUACGUGUCCUAAUUUUAGAAAAAUUUGAAAUUAAACUAUAUAUUUGGAAUAAGAAUUGACCAAAUGUUGUUUAAGAUUGAUAAACUUAGAAUUUAUAAUUUGUAAAUAAAUAGGUGCAAGGCAGUAAGACAUUAUGUAAAAAGAAAAUGUAAAUAACAGUUGUAUUUGCGAAUUUUAAUGUAAAUAAAUAAUUUAAUGAGAUACAGUUCCAGUAAAUUAUUUUUAAAUAUUUACGUUCGAUUGUAAUAAUGAUUUUGUUGUAUGCCAACGGAAUGUUCUAUGCGGUGCGUAAACAAAAGAAAGAAACUUUUGUGAUCAUUGUUGAUGAAAUGAAAGUGUAACUUGGAUUAUAUGAGCUGUAGUAUUUUUU